CUUUCUUUCAUUUCCUUGGAAUGCUAGAGCUUAUUCGUGAUCAAUCAUCCUCACAACUAGUUCUUGGAAUCCUUAUGUGCACUGUCCAGUAUUAAGCGCCAGUGGGGAGAACAGGCAUUGAAGAGCAAGAGGCCUCUUCACCAUUUGCUGGUGAUCUUAGUUAUACCUCUUCAGUCUUUAAACAGUUUCCUGAUAGCUCAGUAGCGCCCGCCUAGAGCUCCCGCCUCGCUGAUUGGUGGGGUCUCUCUGGAUCUUCACCGCCGAUCCAACCACGGAGAGCAUAAAUGGAGAGAGGCGGAACUAGGCACGGCUAGAGCGGCGCCCCUAUUGGCUACAGACCACGGCGCGGACGGAAGUGCGCAUGCGCACAGGCGAGGCGCGCCCCCGGCGGCCGUUGAAAAAUGGCGACUGUCGCCGAGUUGAAGGCCGUUUUAAAGGACACGUUGGAAAAAAGAGGAGUGUUAGGGCAUUUAAAAGCAAGAAUUCGUGCGGAAGUUUUCAAUGCCCUUGAUGAUGAAAGUGAACCUCGGCCAUCAUUGUCUCAUGAAAACUUUCUAAUUAAUGAACUAAUUCGGGAGUAUUUGGAAUUCAACAAAUACAAGUAUACAGCGUCGGUCCUCAUAGCAGAAUCUGGUCAACCUGUAGUUCCACUGGACAGACAGUUUCUCGUCCAUGAACUAAAUGCAUUUGAAGAUUCAAAGGAUAAUACAAUACCUCUUUUAUAUGGGAUUUUAGCUCAUUUCUUGCAUGGAACUAAGGAUGACAACCAAAAUACAUUUCUGAAAGGGUCUUCAUUCCAGCCUCCAAACCCAAAUCUUGGCAGACAACCUAGUGGAAGAAAGCAAAUGGAAGACCACUUGCGGAAGGAGCAGGGGAGGGGCACUGAUACUGAAAACCUGCACACUUCUGCCUCGGUGAAGAGAUGACACUUCCAACUGGGGCAUCUUUUAUCUUAAACUUGUGUGUAUUAAAUAACUUAUUUAUUCUCCCAAUGUUACCAGAAUUCAUCGCUAGUAUUGUACUUUGUAAAAACGUGAAGUUUCUACAAAACCUUUAGCCCCUCAUGUUUUACUGCAUUUGUGAAUAAAAGCUAACUCUGUCAUCUAGUUUACCAGAUUUGACUUGAAAGAAAAUGUGUGGUUUCUAGGACGAUUUUAAAGGUCCCUAAAUCUGUGAGAAACGAAAGGGUUUUUUUUUUUGUACUCUAUAAAUUCUUCUAAAGAAAAAAAAUCAAGUAUUUCUAGCCAUAUGCCCUGUUCUGUUUUUGGCUGUGCUUCGCAGCUUGUGGAAUCUUAGUUCCCUGACCGCGGAUUGAACCUGGGCCCUGGCACUGAAAGUACUGAGUCCUAACCACUGUACCUCCAGGGAGUUCCCUGCUCUGUUCUUUACCAUGGCACAUUAAUUAAAUUUCUUUCAGGCUGGAAUAAUGUGGAUUUACAGGAAAAUACAUUCAUUAAAAAAAAAAACCACACAUUUAAAAAAACACUAAAGCCAGAAAAAACU